AUAUAUAUAUAUAUAUAUAUAUAUAUAUAAUGUGUGUAUAUAAUAUGUUGAAAGAUUUAAAUCAACGCUGGUCGACUGCUGCUAUUAUUACAUGAACAGUAAACGCAAUUCAGAUAGUAUCUUAACCAAAAAACAUAGAGAAGCCCUGGAUACUCUCCGCAAAAAUGACAACAUAAUAAUAACAAAACCAGAUAAGGGCUCAGGAGUGGUUAUCUUGAACAAAGCGGAUUACUUUGAGAAGAUGAAUACUAUUCUUAAUGAUAAUUCAAAAUUCAAAAAAAUCUCUUCUCUGGAUCCGAUUGACAAAAUAGAGAUGCAGUUGGCGGAAACACUGAAAAGACUGAAACAACAAGGCUUCAUCUCACAGAGUCAGUACACGUCACUUAAACCCACCGGAGCGUUCACACCAAGACUAUAUGGCUCGCCUAAAGUGCACAAAAAUGAUGUACCGCUACGAGCAGUAUUAGAUAUGCUAAGUUCACCAUACUAUCCGGUAGCCAAAUGGUUAGUUGAACUCUUACAGCCCCUUCAUACUGAGUUGGUGAAAUAUAGUGUAAAGGAUACAUUUGGAUUCGUUGAAAGGAUAAGAGAUUUAAAUGUUGAUAAUAAAUUCAUGAUAUCAUUUGACGUAUCUUCUUUAUUCACCAAUGUACCUGUCAUGGAAACAGUGAUCUUUAUAUGUGAAGAACUCAAAAGACGAAACAUCGAGGUUGGCAUUCCUAUAACUUUCAUGAAGGAGCUUCUCUUGAAAUGUACAAUGAAUGUCCACUUUUUUAUUUAACAAGGAACUGUAUAGAUAAAUCGACGGUGUGGCAAUGGGGUCGCCACUAGGACCCAUUCUAGCCGACAUUUUCCUGGCGAAACUAGAAAAUGGGCCUUUGAAAAAUGUUAUUAAUGAACUCGAAUUUUAUUGUCGAUACAUGGAUGAUACUUUUUUGAUUAUGAAGAACGAAAAGGAGGCAAAGGACAUCCUAGAUAAAUUUAAUGAGGUACAUCCUGCAAUAAAUUUUACUAUUGAGAAAGAAAAAGACUCUAGUAUUUCAUUUCUAGACGUCCUUAUGACCAGAAAAGAGGAUGGCACAAUAAGAAGUGUUUAUAGAAAACCUACAUCAACGGGCCAGUACACACAUUUUCUCAGCUUUGUGCCCUUGAAAUACAAACGCAAUCUAAUAAAGUGCUUGGUCCACAGAGCAAGAGAGAUUUGCUCGGAUGAAUGUCUUGACGAGGACCUUAACAAUAUUAAACGGUUGCUAAGUGAGAAUGGUUAUCCCGAAAAGUUUAUUGAUAAGAAUAUGAAUCUAAAACCAAAACGGUCCAAGUUACCGACAGUUCCAAAGAAAGCCUUGUUCUUACAGAUGCAGUUCCUAGGAGACAGCACAAGUGAGAUACUAACACAUCGCCUCAGAAAUGCGGUAAAAAGAGCAUUCCCUGCUGCUCAAUUACGCUGUAUCUUCAAAACCACUCCUCUUCUGCGUUCGGGAAUAAAAAACAAACUGCCUAAUUUCGCCUCUUCCAUGUGUAUAUACCAAUUUAACUGCUCCUGUGGAGCCAGGUACAUAGGCCGUACAAUUAGGCGUGUUUCUCGUCGAAUUUCCGAACAUCACGCUGCCUGGUUAAGCAAAGGACAAACAAAAUCUAUUCGCAGCGCUAUUCUGUUUCAUCUUGUGGAGACAGAACACAAGAUUGACGUUAAUCAUGCUUUCAGGGUCAUUUACCGCAUACCUAUGAAUCUCAAUUUCGCUUUAAGAGUUCGACUUCUAAAUAUUGCUGAGGCUGUGGGGAUUCAUAUUAAUAAGCCUAAUUUAUGCACCCAAAAGAAGUUAGUUCAGUCAUUAUCAUUACCUUGGCCAUCCAGGUUUGAAUAAUCCAGAAUUUUUGUGAAAUUUCCCUAAUUUUAGUUGAUAUUCUAUUCUCUGUUAUAUCUUCAUUAUUAUAAUAAUUUAAGCAUCUUCAAUGAACUGCAAUAGCAUUGAUCAUACUUUACAAAUCUAUAUUAUUUAAAAAACGCUAAUAUUGUUAUCAACUACUAAUUUAAAAUAUACUGUGUAUAUAAACAUAUAUAUAUAUAAUUGUAGAGCCUGGAAGAGGAAUUUAUCGAAAAGAAUAUUCUUUGCUCGAUUAUUUU